AUGCAUAUGCAAAGCUGGUACCAUUACAAGAAGUUGGCCCGAAAUUUUUGGAGGCGACUUGCCAUCGCAGGUUGUAACGCAGGUGCACCUCUUCAAGUGCCUGAAGAUGAAUUCGGGCGUUAUCUCGCCUCUUUAUUACGGCAUCAAAUUAUUGGCAUGCUAGAGGAGCCAUGUAUGGUCCAAGGUGACAUCAAUCGCAUCUGGCCGGUGUGGUUGCUACAAAUACGUCAACGCUAA